AUGAUGAAACAAGGAGUGAGACGGCUUCUUGUUCCCAAAAGUGUUGUUUGGAGAGGUAUGAGCAAGAGAUUCUCCAUUCUUUACAACGGAAAAUGGCUAAAGAACAGUGAAAACUCUAGCAGUAGCAGUGGUCUCAAUGCUGACUCAACCAACAGGCCUGCAACUUCAAAAGCUUCAAGCCGGGACAAGUUUUGCUGUCUCUCGAGGGAAGACGUGAUCCGGUUCCUUAUAGGCGUCCUUGGAGCAUUAGCUCCUUUACCUCUCACAUCAAUCUCCUCUCUUGAUAUCAUCAAUCUAAACUUCAACUUCAUUGAAGCCUCUUUUCCAGCUAUCGAAGCCACCAAAAGGCCGCCUUGUGACCCUAGUGCAAUAGCUGUGUUGGAACAAACUGAAAACGAAAAAGAGUUCAAGAUCAUAGGAGAAAUCUCAGCUUCAAAGCUAUGGAAAUGCGAUUAUCUUGCUGCAGCUUGGGCUCUAGCUAAUCUAUAUGCAGGACAGUUUGUGAUGGGAGUUGAGGACAACAUGUCAUCAAGAUCAUUCAGUGACUUCCUCCAGACUUCAUUUGUGGGAGGAGAGCAGAACGGUACAACAGCAACAACAAAGGCCAAGAAGUUCAGUAGCAGAAGCAUUGGUUUUAAUCCAACAAGCCCUACGAGGCUGAGCAUCGGUAGGAGCAUGUACAGGGGAAGGAGUGCGCCGUUAACUUGCAAAACAUCGAGCUCAUUAGCUGCGGUUAUGGCUCAGAUGCUCUCUCAUAGAGCUACUCAUGUUUGGGUUACAGAGGCUGAUUCUGAUGAUGAUAUUCUUGUUGGAGUUGUGGGCUAUGGAGAGAUCUUGACUGCUGUUACUAAACAGCCUUCUGCUUUCGUUCCUUCCAUGAACCGGUCUUAUGAAGCUUUUGGGAAUGAAAAUCAAAGCUAA